AUGGAUCAACAGUAUUUGGCUCAACUUGAGCAGACCUUGGGUGCUAUUGUUCACCCAAAUUCGAAUGGCUUGAAAGAAGCUACCAAAACUUUGCAAACACAGUUUUACAAACAGCCAUCGAGUCUUCCUGCAUUAAUCCAUAUUUUGCAAAAUGCCUCUGAUGAUGCUCUUAAGCAACUGGCGGGUGUCGAAGCCAGAAAAUUGGUUCCAAAGCAUUGGGCUGCUUUGGAUGCCUCUACCAAGACUCAGAUCAAGCAAUCCUUGCUGCAAACAGCUUUCAGUGAGCCAAAGGAGUUAAUUCGUCACUCGAAUGCUCGUGUUAUUGCUGCAAUUGGCACUGAAGAGAUGGAAGAAAACCAAUGGCCAGAUUUGGUUCCAAAUUUGAUUCAAGCUGCCUCCGGUGAAGAUGCUCAAACUAGAUUGACUUCCUCUUUCAUUCUUUUCUCUCUAUUGGAGGAUUUCACUCCUUCUCUAACGGCCUACAUUGACGAUCUUCUUGACUUGUUCAGCAAGACCAUUAACGAUACGGCUUCCUUGGAGACUAGAUCCCUAGCGGCCCAAGGUCUGAACCAUGUCUCUGGUUUGAUCCAAGAGCAAGAAGAGGUGAAUCCACAACAAGCUGCCAAAUUUGCUGCUUUGAUUCCUUCUGUGGUGAGUGUCCUAGAGGCUGUUAUCAAGGCUGACGAUGCUGUCAACUCAAAGUUGAUUUUCAAUUGUUUGAACGAUUUCUUAUUGUUGGAAUCUCAGUUGACUAACAAUGCCAUCCCAGAUUUGGUCAAGUUGGCAAUUCAAAUUGCCGUCAACAACGAAAUUGACGAAGAUGUCAGAGUCUUUGCUGUGCAAUUCAUGAUCUCUGCUCUAUCCUAUAGAAAGUCUAAGAUCUCUCAAGCCAAGUUGGGUCCAGAGAUUACCAUGGCCGCUCUGAAGGUUGCUUCUGAGGAGAUUGAUGUCGAUGAGGAGCUAAAUAAUGAAGAUGAAGCUGCUGAGAAUGAGGAAAACACUCCUUCUCUAACCGCAAUUAGAUUACUAGCUUUUGCUUCUUCAGAACUACCUCCUUCUCAAGUUGCUACAGUGAUCAUUGACCACUUGCCAGCUAUGCUUCAAUCUUCCAAUGCAUUCGAAAGAAGAGGUAUUCUAUUGGCUAUUUCUGUCGCUGUGACAGGUUCUCCAGACUACAUCUUAUCUCAGUUCGAUAAAAUUAUUCCAGCAACGAUCACUGGUUUGAAGGAUAAUGAACCAAUCGUCAAGUUGGCCGCAUUAAAAUGUGUUCACCAUUUGACCAGCGAUUUGCAAGAUGAAGUGGCCAAGUUCCAUGAUGAGUAUCUACCUUUGAUCAUCGAUAUUAUUGACACUGCCAAGUUUGUUGUCAUUUAUAACUACGCCACUGUUGCUCUCGAUGGAUUGUUGGAGUUUAUCGCUUACGAAGCAAUCUCCAAGUACUUGGAACCAUUGAUGAAUAAGCUUUUCUACAUGCUGGAGAGUAACAAAUCAUCUAAAUUGAGAUGCGCCGUCGUUUCCGCUAUUGGUUCUGCAGCUUUUGCAGCUGGUGCAGCUUUCAUUCCUUACUUCAAGACCAGUGUCCAAUACUUGGGUCAAUUCAUCGAAAACUGUUCCCAAAUUGAGGGUAUGAGUGAAGAUGACAUCGAGCUAAGAGCUUUAACUUUCGAAAACAUCUCCACAAUGGCAAGAGCUGUCAGAUCUGAAACCUUCGCUGAGUACGCUGAACCUUUAGUUAAUUCUGCUUACGAAGCUAUCAAGACUGAGUCUGCAAGAUUGAGAGAAUCCGGUUACGCUUUCAUUGCUAACUUAGCUAAGGUGUACGGCGAGAAUUUUUCACCAUUCUUGAAGACCAUCCUGCCAGAAAUCUUCAAAACGUUGCAACUUGACGAGUACCAGUUCAACUUCGAUGGUGAUGCCGAAGAUUUGGCUGCUUUUGCUGACGGUGCUAAUGAAGAAGAGUUGCAAAACAAGUUCACUGUCAACACUGGUAUUUCAUAUGAAAAGGAAGUGGCUGCAGCUGCUUUGUCUGAAUUGGCUUUGGGUACUAAAGAACAUUUCGUUCCUUUUGUUGAGGAGUCUUUGAAGGUUUUAACUGAGCAAGUCGAAGAAUCCUAUGGUCUGAAAGAAACCGCUUUAAACACCAUCUGGAACAUUGUCAAGGCUGUCUUGUUGGCUUCCAAGUUCGUUCCUGAGACAUACCCUAAGGGAAUCCCAUCUGGAUCUUAUGUUGAUGCAAGCGUUUUGGCAGUUAUUCAAACCGCCAGAGAGAUUACGUUGACAAACCUAGGUGAUGAAUUCGAGACAUCCAUGCUAAUUACCGUUAUGGAAGACAUGGCCAACAUGAUCAAACAAUUUGGUAGUAUUAUCGUUAUGGAUAACGGAAACACAAGUGCAUUGGAAAACCUCUGCGUCCAAGUCAUGAGUGUCUUGAAGGGUACUCACACCUGUCAAACCAUUGACUUGGAAGAAGAUGUUCCAAAGGACGAAGAGCUAGAUGCUUCUGAGACUGAAGCCACGCUGCAAGAUGUUGCUCUAGAAGUGCUUGUCAGUCUAUCCCACGCUCUUGAAGGGGAUUUUGCCAAGAUCUUCGAGAACUUCAAACCUGUCUUGCUAUCCUUGUUCGAGUCUACAUCCAAGAACAAGAGAUCGUCAGCUGUUGGUGCUGCAUCGGAGAUUGCUCUAGGUAUGAAAGGUCAAAACCCAUUCAUGCACGAGAUGCUGGAAGCUCUAGUCAUCAGAUUGACUACCGAUAAGUCUUUGGAAGUCAGAGGUAACGCUGCUUACGGUGUUGGUGUUCUUUGCGAGUUUGCCAACUUUGACGUCUCUGCAAUCUACGAGCCAGUUUUGAAGGCAAUGUACCAAUUGUUGACCACUGCUGAUCAAAAGGCCUUAACUGCCGAAGAUGAUGAAGCUACUAGAGAGAUUGUUGACAGAGCCUAUGCCAAUGCCAGCGGUUGUGCAGCAAGGAUGACUUUGAAGCACGAAAACUUUGUUCCAAUGGAACAAACUAUCCCAGCACUAUUGGCACAUCUACCUUUGAAGACCGGCUUCGAGGAAUACAACCCAAUUUUCGAGCUUAUCAUCAAGCUUUACCAGAAUAACAACAGUGUUAUUGCUAGCGCAACACCAAAGAUUAUUGAGCUAUUUACGGUCGUCUUCACAAAAGAAGACGAGAGGAUAAAGCUUGAACAAGAAUCUACUUUGGGUAGGGAAGAAAACAUGGAAAGAUUGAAGCAAUUCCAAAACGAAGAGAUGAGAGAGAAGGUUAUCGCCUUGUUGAAGUAUUUGAACAAUACCUACGACGGCUUGGUUGCACAAAGCCCUGUCUUAGCAAGAGUCCUCGCUUAA